UAAAGAACCAGACCAGCACGUGGAAGCCCCUCAUAAUGGAACGGAAGAGGAGGAGCUUCACCGCUCUGGUCGACAACGGAAACCCACAGAAAAGAUGCGUGCAUAUAAAGAAGGUGAGGCCCUGAAAAAGGAGAAAAGAUUGAUUCAGCUGUACGAACAAUGGAAGGACCUGGCUCGCAACACAAGGGAAGAGCUAAAAACAGACGUUAGUGAGAGCCAACUGGUAGCGCUUAUUAAUACACUUGAGAAGGGAAGGGAUGAUGUCAUGCAUGUCUACCUGGACAUCAGAGAUUACAUCGCUCCAUCCAGUGACACUAGACGCAGAAUUGAUACUUGUGAAGCUGUAACAAAAGAUAUUUCGAAGAUAAUUUUUGAUAGAAUGGCAUGCCUUGAGGACUUUGACAGAGAAAAUGUAAAACACAGUCUUCGUGAGUUACUCCAUCACGAUUAUGCUCGCUCUGUCUACGGAUCCACAGUCUCACGCCCCACAUCGUCAAGGUCUACAGUUAUGUCCAUUGCAGCUAAGCGAGCAGAUGCAGCAGCUGAAUUAGCAGCCAAAGAAGCAGAAUACUCAAUGAUACAAGAGAUCGAAGCUCGGAAGUGUGAACUGGAAAAACUAAAGGCAGAGAAGGAUCUAAAAGCAGCUAGAGCCAGACUGCAGGCCUAUGAUCAAGAAAUGGUACAAGAAGACAGCAUUCAUUCUUCAGAUUCAAGUAGAGGGGAACAGCGGGAUGUAAGUGUAAUGCCACAACAGCAUGUGGUUCCAUUUCCUAUUCAAUGCCCUACCAACAUCACAGCAACGCGUCCUACUGACAUCACAGCAACAUCCUUACCUACAAAAUCUGAUAUAACUUAUCUCGCUCAAGCUGUCCAAGAUAGCAUAGCUCUGAACAGGCUGCCUACAACAGAACCAUCUGUGUUCAACGGUGAUCCUAUACAGUUCAUUGAGUGGAAGGCUGCAUUUGUGUCGCUCAUUGAUGGAAAGGCCAUUUCUUCCGCUGACAAGCUGCACUAUUUAAAAAGGUACGUUGGUGGUCCAGCUCGUAAGUCUCUUGAUGGUAUCUUCUACAGGAAUGAUGAUGAGGCUUAUAAUGAUGCGUGGAACAAGCUGAACCAACGGUAUGGACAGCCAUUUGUCAUACAGAAGGCAUUCAGGGAAAAACUAGCCAAAUGGCCUAAGAUUCAGCCUAGGGAUGCUGAAGGUUUCAGAGAAUUCUCUGACUUCUUGAAUGCAUGUCAUCAAGCUAUGCCUCAUGUCAAAGGGCUUGAAAUACUAAAUGAUUGUGAUGAAAAUCAGAAACUUGUACACAAAUUACCAGAUUGGGCAGCAGCACGUUGGAACCGUCAGGUCACGCAGACACUGAUUGAGACUCAUGACUUUCCAAAGUUUAUAGAUUUUGUGACCUUCAUGUCAAUGGAAGCAGAGAUUGCUUGUAAUCCUGUCACCUCCUUCAGCGCUCUUCGUGCCUCUGACCCCACUUCAGAAAAAUGGAACCUUAAGGACAGUAAAAGGAACAGGGCUAACGUCUUUCACAUUCAAACAGCCAUGGAAAAUAAACAAAAUUACGAAAACGAACAAAAGCCCACUAAAGGGAAUUCCAAAAUGUGUUUCUUCUGCAAGGACAACAUGCAUAAAAUUAACAACUGUCCAAAAUUUGUGGAAAAAUCAUUAGAAGAGAAACGGAAAUAUGUGAAGGAUAACAAACUCUGCUAUGGUUGCAUGAAACCAGGCCACAGCGCAAAAGACUGCCGUUACCGUCUGUCCUGUGACACCUGUAGAGGUAGACAUCCAACGUGCCUACAUGAUGAAAACUAUACAAAGAAAGUCAACUCUGUUACAGUUUCAAACCAAGGUGACACGGUGACAAUUACUUCUACGUCUCACAAAGUAGAGAACAAUGAGCCAUCCACCAAUACUUCAAUGAUCGUGCCAGUGUGGGUGUCAACCGAAUGGAAUCCAGGCUCUGAAAAACUUGUGUAUGCUCUGCUUGACACCCAGAGUGAUACUGUGUUUGUCGACCGAGAGCUGAGCAUCAAGUUACAAGCUGACUCCUGUCCUGUGAGACUGAAGUUGACAACCAUGACCGCAAAGGAUGUUGUCAUGCCGAGUGAAAGGGUGUCAGGUCUCAAAGUAAGAGGGUACAGCUCCUCCGUUGUCCUCAACCUGCCCCCUGCCUACACUAAGGACUCCAUUCCAGUGAACCGUACUCAUAUCCCUACUUGUGACACAGCACGGCAUUGGAAGCAUCUCUCUACAAUAGUGGAUAAAAUUCCACCUCUGCAGGAUUGUGAGGUUGGUCUCCUAAUAGGCUACAGCUGUCCAAAGGCUUUGGCACCAAAACAGGUGAUUUUAGGAGGAGACGAUGAACCUUAUGCAGUCCAUACAGAUCUAGGAUGGAGCAUUGUUGGUCGCCUGUCUUCACACCAUGAAUCACAAAGCUUCAACACCAUCUGCCAUAGAGUCAGCAUAAAAGAGCUCCCUCCAGUGACCCCAGCAGAUGUUAUUAAAGUAUUGGAGUCUGACUUCAAAGACGCUUGUGAAGAUAAUAAAACUGUUUCACAGGAUGACAUCCUCUUCUUGACCAAACUGCAGCAAAGCAUAAGAAAGAAUGACCGUGGGCAUUACGAGAUGCCUCUUCCCUUCAAAAGGAGACCUCAUUUGCUUAACAAUAAGCAGCUUGCCAUUGUAAGGCUCAAUCAUCUUAAAAGUAAAUUGCUGAAAGAUGAAAAGUACAAGGAACACUACGUGAGGUUUAUGGAAGAGGUUAUUGAGAGAGGUGAUGCAGAAGAAGUGCAUGAUGAAGGAAAGGAUGGAGAGAAGUGGUACAUCCCUCAUCAUGGUGUGUAUCACCCUAAGAAGCCAGACAAGCUCCGGGUUGUUUUCGACUGCUCCGCCAAGUACCAGGGAACCAGCCUCAACGACCACUUGCUCCAAGGCCCAGAUUUAAUGAAUAAUCUGACUGGUGUUCUUGUAAGAUUCAGACAACAUCCCAUUGCCCUUAUGUGCGAUGUUGAAAAGAUGUUUCACCAAUUUCAUGUGGAAGAAGCAGAUCGAAACUACCUCCGUUUUCUCUGGUGGAAAAACGGAGACUUAGCUUUACACCCACAAGAAUACUGCAUGAAGGUCCAUCUUUUCGGUGCAACCUCAUCACCUGGAUGCGCCAACUAUUGUCUGAAGCAUCUUGCUAAGGAGAAUGAGGAUAUGGUUGCAGUGCUUGGGGAAACCACAGGGCACCAGGCCCUGAUCAAGUUAAGGAAUCGGAUGAAAAAUGACCCUGAAGGUUACACUAUUCUCAAGAGUGUCCGAGAAUCCGUCUGUCUACGUUAGACCUCACUCGAAUGUCUGCUUUGCCAGAUGGGACUUUAGGAAGAGAGU